CCCGGCCAAGUUUAAACACCCCCGGCCGAGCCGCCCGGAGUUCGCGGGAGUUGCCGGGGGCCGCGGCCCGGGCGCGGGGCAGCGGGAGCGGCUGCACGGGGACCGCCCCGCCCGGAGCGCGCCCCGCCGCCGCCUAUGCGGGCGCCGCGGGGCCGGGAGAGCCAUGGACGGCGGCGGCGGCGGGGUGCCGCCCGCCCUGGAGAAGAACGCGGCGGAGCUGACGGUCAUGGACGUGUACGACAUCGCCUCGGCCGUGGGGCAGGAGUUUGAGCGGGUGAUCGAUCAGCACGGCUGCGAGGCCAUCGCCCGCCUCAUGCCCAAGGUGGUGCGGGUGCUGGAGAUCCUGGAGGUGCUGGUGAGCCGCAACCACAUCAACCCCGAGAUGGAGGAGCUGCGCCUGGAGCUCGACCGCCUGCGCCUGGAGAGGAUGGACCGCAUCGAGAAGGAGAGGAAGCACCAGAAGGAAUUAGAACUGGUGGAGGAUGUCUGGAGAGGGGAAGCACAGGAUCUUCUUACCCAAAUUGCACAGCUCCAGGAGGAAAAUAAACAACUGAUGACAAACUUGUCUCACAAAGACAUUAAUUUCACAGAAGAGGAAUUUCAGAAGCAUGAAGGGAUGUCAGAGAGAGAGCGGCAAGUCAUGAAGAAGCUGAAGGAAGUGGUAGAUAAACAGAGAGAUGAAAUCAGGGCAAAGGACCGGGAACUCGGACUCAAAAAUGAGGAUGUAGAGGCUCUGCAGCAGCAGCAGAACAGGUUGAUGAAGAUUAACCACGACCUGAGGCACCGCAUCACGGUGGUUGAGGCCCAGGGGAAGGCGCUGAUCGAGCAGAAGGUGGAGCUGGAAGCGUAUCUGCAAACCAAGGAGCAGGAGAUGAGCAACCUGAGAGCAGAGCUGGGCAAGCUCAGAGAAAAGCUGCAGGGUGAGGACAGCCAGGCCAGCCAAAAUGGGGAGGAAGUAAAGGCAGAACCAAACAAUGAAGAUUGUCUCUCUGAGUCAGAGAAGAUGGCAAUGGACUUGAAAGAUCCCAAUCGCCCAAGAUUCACCCUGCAGGAGCUCCGGGAUGUCCUUCACGAGAGGAAUGAACUGAAGUCCAGAGUGUUUUUGCUUCAGGAGGAGCUUUUAUAUUACAAAAGUGAGGAAAUGGAAGAAGAAACUAGAUCCCCACAGCCUACACCCAUAAUUCAGCCAAAACCCUCAACUCAGCCUGAAUCUGGAAUCAAACGACUGUUUAGUUUCUUCUCUCGUGAUAAGAAACGCAUGCAGGCGUCACAGAAAAAUGUCCACUUCCAGGAAACUUUUGGAGAAUGGUCACAUUCAAACAGAGAUGAUUCCUACAUGGAACAAGGACAAGAAGCCCUGCAGCACCUGUGACUAAACCCCUGAGGUGUUUGGUUUGCUGCAGCAGAUCUCGACAGUCUCGUAACAAGAAGCUUCUGUAAAGCAUCGCGGCAGCUCGUCACUUUUACUUGCCUUGCACGCCUCGGGGGUUAUUUCAGACUCUCCAAAAGGGAUCCCUCACUGUUCACUUGGUGACUGUUUGCUGCAAACAGGAACCCAAGCUUUGUAGUAACAGUUGCUGACACCCUGGGACAUGGAAGCUUCUAGAUGACUUGUUUUGUGCUGAAUAACAAGUCUAUGAUCUUGUUCAUGCAUUAACUACAGUAACACAAGCUUCUUUAAACCAAAAAAGGACCUUGUGCCAUUAUUAGAAGUUUGUUUGCAGUGUAUAUCUAGUACAGGGCAAAGACUCUUUAACCCUGUUUGUUAACACUACUGGUUGUUUGCUUUUUAUUUCUGUAAGAAUUUUUUCAAGAGGGAUACGACAGUUGGACGCCCUUGGUGGCAGCCCACAGCUCUGCUGUGUCCUGUCAGUGCUGCUGGCAUGGGCAUCUUGCAGAGUCACCCCUUGGAAAUCCACCUGACACAGUGAUAACUGGAGUAGCCUUGAGAGGGACAGUGAGUGUACAUUUCCCUUGUGCUUACAGUGCCUAAAGCAUGAAGAGACGAUGUAUGAGGUGAGCGUGCCUUGUGUUCUACAGUAUUAAUGGAAAACAAAUUGCUUCCAGGGAGGAACCACAACUUUUGAAUUUUUUCCCUUCUUACCAGGGGACUUCCUCACAGUGUAGCAGGCAGCUGCUGUAAAAGAAUUAGAUCUUUCCCACAGACAGGUUUUUAAUUAAGUCACACUUCAGUUUCCUGUCUAGGUAAAACUGCCCAACUUCAGAGGGAAACACAUCCUCAGCUGGCUGACAUAAACUAUUUUGCUGACCUAGACGUGACCCCAACUUUUUCUCUUGACUCAACACUACGUGGGCAGAGCAGAUGAAUUCUGUGUGUGAAGCUGCUCCUCUGGUGGUGGCACAUGUCUGGGUAGCCCCUGUUACAGGGCUGAACUUGCCAGGACAGCCCAGCAGCCAACCCCAAGGGCUGGGGCUGGAUCUGCUUUGCAGCUGAGCUGCUGAGACCCCAGGUCUGACCGAGGUUGUCCUUCCAGCACUAAAACCUCACAGCAUCAGUGCUGUGGACACCCAGUGCCAGUGCAGUCCCCACCUCUGCUCCACACACUCCACAAAAAACCUGACCAGGUGGGAGAGGGUGCACGUGUCCAUGGCUCCAUGAGGACAGGGCUGAGGUGUCUCUGUGGCCUUGGCUGUGGGCUGGGAAGGUCCAUGCUGGAGACCACUGCUCAUGGGGAGGAUCUCGUGCCAGCAGGACCAUGGGCAGCUUCUGCUUGUGCAGCUCCGUGCCAGGGGCUGGGAGCUGCUGUUGGCACCACACUCCCAACUGCUCCACCUGCUCUGUAGAGCCUCUUCUCAGGAGUGGCACCAAGGACAGGAAAUACAGCUCAGGCUGGAGCAAAGCUCCAACUACUCCAGGUACUGAGUGUAGGAGGAACUCUCAAAGGACUCCAGAGGGCUUCAUGCAGGCCAGUUCUUCUUAUUACAGGGUGAUCCAAGAGUGGAUUUUUAAUGUCUGUGAGCAGCAAAUGGCUCUUAGCCCAUCUGUAGUAAAACCCUGGCAGUAAAACCUCUCCUUGCAGUGGUGGGCUGUGUGCUGCCCUGCUCCUGGCUGUUACUGCUUCAUUCCAAUGUGGACCUUCUGUGUGUUCUACAUAGGGAAAGUGUUUACUGUGCCCCCUUGGUGUCAGUGGAGCUUGGGGGAGAGGGGACAUGUGGCCUUAUAUGGGACAUGGUGAUCAGAGUCCAGCGUGGGUAUGGGGUAGAUGUGUUUUUGCCUGGUUAUGUUUUGGUAACAUCUUUAAAACAGCAGCACUUCUCCCCUCCUCUGAAAAGCAACUCUUAAAUGGGGGGAAUGUCUUAAUUUAAUGAUACUUAAAUUGCCAAGAUCUGGCUUCACUUCCAUAUAAGAAAACAAAAAGUGCAGUACAGUCAGGUCAGGCAGUUAAAUUGUGGAUGACCCCAUGGAGUCUGUCCCGAGCGCCGUUCAGUCGUGUGGCUCAUUCAGAAGGGAUGCAGUGAGCAGAAACAAUGCAGGAACGUGGGCCUGAGUAAGCAGAUCCUUUUGGAAAUCAGCUGAGAGCAAUGAGCUGGGAUAAUGGAGCUGCACAGACCCAACCUGAGCCAGUGCAGCACAAAGGAAAUCUCCAGGCCUGGUGCACGUCCAGUGGAGCCCGGGGCUGUGUCGGGCCAGCUCUGCAGCCAACACCAACAAGUGCAGGAGGCAGGACAGCCUUCCCCACAUCUCUGCAGCAUUACCUCAACCCCUCAGAGCUCCUCCUGACCUGCUGGCAUUAACCACUCGUUCUCAUGUUUGCGAUGCUGCAUUCACACACCCCAAGUGCCAUCGGGAAGGAUGGCACAGAGGAAAGCGUACGUAAAGAUCUGAAGAUCUGUCGUGUAUUGUUUGUCAAUAUUCAAGAAAAAUCUGCUUUCAGAAAAGGGGCCAGGAUGCUGGCAAGUUAAGGGCGUAACAAUCCUGCCUGCCAAGUGCAGGAUCACUGACAUUUUUUGAGUUGGGGUUUUUUUUUUUUUUUUGGUUGGGCAAUAAAUCAUUUUAACAGUUUAAUAAAUACUUCUGAAAAACAUGCAUUUCUGCAA